UGUUGGAGCAUGAGGCACAAGGCCCGGCACGGCACGUGCCCAGCUCUAGUCUUUACCAAAUUCUGGUUAAAUUAAGACGGCCAUAUCUCUGCAGUGCACCGGAAGAAUGGAAGAUUGAGAUUAAUAUCUGUAAAAUGUAAACCCAAAACAAAUGGAUUUUUGGGGGUUUAUGUACUUCUCUCACUUCCCCAUUUUGAACGAGGUCUAAAGUUGGAGAGUUCAGGAUAAGAUCAAGUUUUGGGAGGAAAUAAGAAAUAUUGAGGACGCUCCUUUUUCAGGGGUCUGUGGAUCAGAGAACUUGGUUAGGAGAUUCUUCUAGAGUUUAUCAUGCUUUCUAUGAGCAUUGAAGACCACAUCCUAAUCUUUUGUUCUGUAGUGUGGAAUCUUGUGUCUUGGAACAAGUUAUAUGCAGUUUUGGGAUUAGACAGGUUUUCUUAUAUAAACUUUGUUGGAGCAUUUGCAUGUUCAGCAAUAUCACUAUGCUUUUGUACUCACAAGGGAUCAGCAUCCCUAAGUGAUGUGGAUGGAAAGCAGGGGCUGAAUUAAAGUGAAAUUUAAUUGAUCUUCAUUGCUUUAGGCAUGCAUACUUUUUUUGUUGGGCCCAUAAGAGGACUCUAUGUCCUUUUUUGAUGGAUCUAUUUCUUUGAUAUAGAAUAAAUAUUCCUCUUUAUCUUAAUAAUAUGUUAGGUUGAAUCCCUGAUCAGGAAUGAAAGUAACUGAUUCAAAUUGGAGGGAGAAUUGAUGAAGCCUGGAUGAUUAUAAAACUACUCAUGGGGUCUUAUGGUUUAUGGGGUGUAUGAGUAUGCCUACUGGAUGUUGAACUGCAUGUUUAUGCCAUUUGUCAACAUAUAAAGAACGCGAAUAAGCUUGGGCCACUAUGUCUUGAGGACACUUCUAAGAUUUUAGCACCAGAUAAAUCGAUUUGGAUUUCUUAUGCUGGUGGGAAUGGAGAUUUGCAAAUUCACAUCCUACCCGUAGAUUGGCAAUGAAACCAGCAAACAAUAUUUGGAUUCAAAAGGAGCAAUGCCCAUGUGGAGACUGGAAGUGUUUUAUCAAAUAUGAAGUGGAAGAACAAGGUGAAGCUUGUCAACCAACAAAAGAUGGGAUUUCUUCAUCAUCUUCUUCUGAUGCUGUCUUUGCACCUUAUGUGGGUCAGAUUUUUAAAAGUGAUGAUGAAGCUUUUGAGUUCUACAGUAACUUUGCUCGUAGGAACGGAUUUUCGAUCCGGAAAGCACGAUCUACCGAAAGCCAUAAUCUAGGGGUUUAUAGAAGGGAUUUUGUUUGUUAUCGUUCCGGAUUCAAUCAACCAAGAAAAAAGGUUAAUGUAGAGCACCCCAGAGACCGCAAAUCAGUACGUUGUGGAUGUGAUGCAAAACUAUACUUGACUAAGGAAAUUGUGAAUGGUGUUACUCAGUGGUACGUUUCCCAGUUCAGCAAUGUACAUAACCAUGAAUUACUAGAAGAUGAUCAAGUGCGUCUUCUCCCUGCAUACCGGAAAAUACAAGAAGCUGAUCAAGAAAGGAUUGUUUUACUCUCAAGAGCUGGUUUUCCUGUCAACAGGAUAAUCAAUAUCUUGGAACUGGAAAAGGGUGUUCAACCCGGACAAUUGCCAUUCAUAGAGAAAGACAUCAGAAACUUUCUUCGAACAUGCAAGAAAACUGUUCAAGAAAAUGAUGCCCUUCUUACUGAGAAAAGGGUAACUGAUAUGAUGGAGCUGCUCGAAGCUUGCAAGGCCAUGUCGGAAAGGGACGUAGAUUUUGUCUUUGAUUUUUUAACAGAUGCAAAUGGCAAAGUCGAAAACAUAGCAUGGUCUUAUGGCGAUUCUGUUCGUGCCUUUAACCUCUUCGGUGAUGCUGUUCAAUUCGACAUUACUUAUCAGUCCACUACUUAUGGGAUGCUUCUGGGUUUACUUUCUGGUAUAGAUAAUCAUGGCAAGCCAAUUUUCUUUGCCUGUGUUCUCGUCCAGGAAGAAAAUCCCCAUGCAUUUGUGUGGGCCAUACAGACGGUUGUGCAGUUCAUGCGAGGAAGACACCCACAGACAAUAGUAACUGAUCUAGAACCAGGGUUAAGAGACACCAUAGCAACCGCAUUGCCUAAUACUAAACAUGUCAUAUCUAUAUGGUACAUUAUGUCUAAGUUGAGCAGUUGGUUCUCUUUGCCUCUUGGACUGAAAUAUCCAGAGUUUAAAUCUGAGUUUGAAAUGGUGUGCUAUGUGGAGAGUAUGGAGGAUUUUGAACAGCUCUGGAGUCUUUUGAUCACCAGGUUUGGACUUGGGUCAGAUAAACACAUCUCUCUUCUAUCUUCAUGUCGAGCAUCCUGGGCUUUCUCGUAUAUCAAAGAUUGCUUUGUUGCUCGAAUCACCACAGCUGAAUACAUGAAAUCCAUUGAUAGUUUCCUGAAAGGUGUCCUGGAUGAGCAAACAUGCUUGCAAGUCUUCUUUGAGCAGGUUGGACUUGCAGUAAGGUUGGGAUGUGGAGCCAAGGAGGAAAUGCGUUUCAUUCAUCUCAAGACAUGCAUGCCUAUAGAGGAACAUGGACAAGGCAUUCUUACACCUUAUGCCUUUGGUGUGUACCAACAUGAACUUGUGUUAUCCGUGCAAUAUGCAGUCAUAGAAAUGGCCAAAGGAUCUUAUGUCGCGCGCCAUUAUAAGAAAGUUGAAGGAGAGUGUCUUCUGAUAUGGAUUUCGGAAGAUGAGCAAAUCCACUGCUCGUGUAAGGGAUUUGAACAUUCAGGAAUUCUGUGCAGGCAUGCUCUUCGACUAUUAAUUAGUAAAAAUUAUUUUCAUCUUCCGGACAAGUAUUUUCCAUUUAGGUGGAGAUGGGAUAGUUCAUUUAUACCUAUGGAUCAGGAAAGUAGUCGACCAGUAAAAGAAGAGCACUAUCAUGCCUUACAUUCUCUUACAGAUACUCUUGUGACAGAGUCAUUGGUCUCUAAGGAGCGGUUUAACUAUGCCCAUAAGGAACUCACAACACUCCUUGAUCAUGUUAAAAAUAUGGCUGUUGAUGAGCUUACUCCAGAAAUAUCAACUAACAAUUUUAGUGAGUCUUAGAUUUUCUCAAUGUCGCAGAUUUGCCUGAUUACAGUAGAUUAACUGUCUACAAAAGUAAUUGCAGAUUACAUGGCCACGGUUGUGGACUAUGCAAGUUAGAUUGUAUUUGGAAUAGGGGUUGAAGUAUAUAGAAUCAUAAGAGAUGAAGCUGUGUUUUCACAUUUCCAUCCAUGACAUUUGUGAGUUCCUAUAAAAAUGUGUGUAAAGGGAAAAAAAACACUGUUUCUGUACAAUGCAGGUUAUGUUACUGACCUCAUUGCCUCCUAUUCUUUGAGAUGAAUAUAUGUAAUUCUAGAUCUUGUUUUAGUAAUGUACUCAUACAUUGUGGAGUCUGUUUAUUUAUAGGGGAACUUGUGAAUAAGUCAUCUUCAAGUUUUAUGUUUGUCUA